AUAUAGAUACUGUGAAUAAGAUACUCUAGCAUUACAAAAAAAACAUAACACGGGAAGGUUUGAAACAUAUUACUGCGCGUAGUGUUUGUUUUCAUAACACAAGAGGCCAUCAUGCAACCGAAGUUUCACACAAAAAUAUCUAUAUAUACGAUGGCUGUGAAACGUGAAGACUAAUUAGCUUCCAGCUUCAGUAAAAGUUAUUUGAAUAUACGAAGAGUUAUUUCAUGUUUUAGUUUAUUAAAACAAGUAGCCAAUGAGAUGUUUCUUAUGACGCUUUUCAUCCUUUGUUUAAUUUUAACUGGAUGUGUAUUGGCGCAAUAUAAUCAUGAACUGCCUGCGAGAGGUGCAUAUCCUUAUCACAAAGUAACGCUAGCAGCUGUCCUUAGAGCACGUGGUUUUAAUGCGUUUUGUACUGCCAUGCUUAAAGAGGGUUUAUACUCAGGCCUGUAUGGCAGAGGCGAAUAUACUUUGUUUGUUCCAGUCAACUCUAACUAUCAAAACCAAUCAAAUACUGAAACGAUUAGGAAUUUAAAUAAAAAUUUUGGUUGUUAUGCUUUUGAUAAAAAGCUACCAAGCAAUCUAAUCCGUGAUGGAAUGAGUUUAACUGGUAUUAAUCGUUGCACAGUAUUCAUGAACAAAAUUUACGAUAGAUUUGCAAAAAAGGUAACCUUGUGGAUUCAUGGCGUCAAAAUACUGGAAGAGAUUCAAACUGAUCAUAGUAUUGUUUACAUAAUAUUAAGCAGUCUACAGAUUCCAUCCCUUUCUUUGAUCGAGUAUCUAAAACAGAGCGGCAACCAUCAUGUCAUGUACAGCUUAAUGAAAAAGCAAAUAAUACACUUUCAAUUUCCAUUUGGAGCUACAUUUUUUGCGCCUCUUGAUACAGCCUUCGUACAUUUGCCAGGCACCUACGUAAAAAAUAUAUUCUCAAAUGAUACUGAAGCUAGGACAUUCAUACGAAGUCAUGUCAUUACGCGUCCUAUGUGCAGGCAACGGUUGUUUUCUGACAAAGGCUGGAGUAGAUACAUUAACAGUGUAGGCCGUACAGUCCAGUUAUAUCAAGAUAUGUACAACACACAGGCGUCGUAUGUCAAUGGAGCAGCUGUGUUGACAACAACUACAGUAAACGACGGUUGGAUAUACGGCAUAACAGAUACAAUCCUUCCAGAAAUAAAUCUAAAAGUUCUGGAAACACUCAGUGCAUUAAACUGCCACACUUUUCUGCACAAUCUAAUAUCCACCAAUCAUAUGUAUCCAUUCUCAAACAUUCUUCAUGCAUAUACGUUAUUUGCACCAACCGACGAAGCCUUCACAAAACUUCCUUCUGACGUCAGUAGUCGUUUAAAACAUGAUAAGGAAUAUCUCAUGACGCUAAUGAGAUUUCAUGUUGUGAAGGGAAAGCAUGUCAGUGAGAACUUUCCACUUCAAACUGUGCUCAGUUCGACAGCGAUUGACAAAGCAACUCAACAGUCACUAAAGUUACAUGUUGAUGGAAACCAGGUGACCACGGUUCAAGAUGGAAUUGUAUUACAUCCUGAUAAUUUGGCACUGAAUGGAAUCAUACAUAUUGUUGAUCGUGUUCUUCUCCCUCCAACGAAGAAAGUCAACGAACUGUUCAGAGCAACAAAAAAGUUAAGAAUCUUUCUAAAGUUCUUCCAAAACACAAAUGAGACGCUGUAUAAUUCUGUAACAGACGGUUCAGGGUUUUAUACAUUAUUUGCACCCACAAACCGCGCAAUGAAGGUUUUUUUUAAUCAACUUGGAAAUCAAUUUUCGACUGACACCAAUCGACGAAUGAAUGAAAUUUUGCUGCGACAUAUAAUUCCGAAACCGUUUUUCACAACGCAAAUUUCAAAGUCAAGAAAAAAAAGAAUAAAAACACUGGAGUAUAGAAACCGUCAUUAUACAACUCUGCAAAUUCAAGCCGAUCGCAAAGGAAAGAGGUUUCGUAUAAUUGAAUACAACUCCAACAUGACUACGCCAGACUUGGUUGCAACCAAUGGUAUAAUACAUAUUGUCAAUAAAAUUUUUUCUGAAGUUAAAUUAUAAUACACACACUUUGUACAAGAAUAUGGUUUUAAAUGACUUAAGACUGAAUUAAGAUAAAAUCUUCA